ACACGCGCGGAACAUGUCUGAAAAGGUUCUCAUUUUAAGUGCACAGUAACAAGGCCACCGUUCGAGCCAUGGUACAACAUUUUUGAAAGGAUUUUAUGUACUUUCAUCUCCAUCUUCGCCCUCCCUUCAACCAACCGUAAAUCAGCCUCCAUCUUCAAGUCUUCAACCAAAUCACAGAAGCCUUUGCUCCAUCUUCAAGUAGCCUUUACUCCAUCUUCACUCAGCCUUUACUCCUCCAUCUUUCUCUUCACGUCACCCUCAACCAACUUAUUCAAUUCCUGCAUCUACUCCAAAACCCAUCGCACAACAGGAUUCCAGCAUCGUCGUGAGCAGGUUUACGUUAUGUGCAUCAUCAGGGCUACCGCAUCUGUAAUUUCGAUUUGUACAAUUUUGAAGAUCUUCCAAGGAGAAUUCAAAAGCUGCAGAGACAAAGCCCAAGUCUGAUGAGGAUAUGUGUGAAAAGAGAGACACAGAGGUGGAUACUGGAAAGAAAGCAAACUCUGCUGUCAAGAAGGUUGCUAUUGAUAAAGAACUAUUGCAGGUUGAAGAUAUGAGGUUGAUCAUCCACAACUUGGGGAAGUUUAGUUCGCAUAGGGAUGUCAAGCUGCUUUCGUUGAAGAUCACACCACUGGAACACAGCACCUUGAAGAUCCUCCUGCAGAAUCUCAUCACGCAUAUCACUCAAUCAUGUGUGACAUCAAAGGCAACUCAUCAAGACAGUAUCUUGGAGAUCCUACUGCAGCAUCCUCUCACGCAUAUCACUCAAUCAUGUGUGGAAUCAAAGGCAACUCAUCAAAACAAAUAUUGCUCAAAUCAGCAAGUCCACACUUGUCAUACUCAUUCACAGAAAAUAGCCGUAGCCCGCACACAAUGGCAGUGCAGAACUUAUAAGGAAAGAUUGACAGACAUCUUUCUCAUAUAUGAGCAAUAGUAUCAUGUCUGAUAUUAAUUUUGAUUUGUUGUAAAGAUCUUUCUAUACGUAUCACCAUGUACAAAUAGUAUAUAAUACAGUGAACAUCAUUUUAUAAUUA